AUGACAGUGACAGUCCCAAAAUGGCAGCAGUUUAUCACAGAGAGUCUUCUGCAGAGUCAUUUGUUCAGUGGUCUCUGUUUGAUUUCCAACCAGAAUGAGGUCAUCUAUGAUUAUGGUACUUUGAAAUACAUUGAUAAAACGGACACAAAACAGCUGAAUAUGUUUGUCAACAAGAACACCCAGGAAACAACAGCAUGUUUCCAUUUGGGAGUGGCAGGACGGACAUUUCAUUUCAGAAUCUAUUAUAGGACACAUGUCAGCAUUUAUGCAACAGCAUCAGGGAACCAGUGUGGUCUCACCAUUAGCAAGCUACCACAUGGGAUCUUCGUCACCAUGUUCCAGAAACCGACGAUGUCACACAAGGCAAUAACACUUGUUGAAGAUUUUACAGACAGACUUAGAUGCUAG